AUGAAGCAUGCCACGCUCAUUAUAGGUGUCUUUUGCGGACUCAUGGCUCCAAAGCCUACCAAGUUCGACACCUGGUCUGUUGACCAAGAAAUUCCGCCACCAGCGGUCGUGUCGUCGGCCACGCUACCCAGGACGUCCCCGAUGUUUUCGAGUAUCUCGGGAUUCCGUUUGCCGCUGCACCUCGAGGACUGUUUGUCAGUUAAUAUUUGGACCAAGCCACAAGUCGGCGAGCGGAAGAAAGCCGUCGUUGGCUUCCCCGCUCUUAGCAGGAACUACAUGUCGACGAGGUGGUCUAGACUCGGGGCGGCCGUCGGCUGCGGCACUGACACAAGCAAUGCCACAGACCCUAAGCUCGUCACGGACUGCAUGAGGAACCGGACCAGCGAGAAAAUCUUUGGCGCAUUCGGGCCCGAGGAGACGGCUGCCGAGGCUGGGUACCUGAUUGACGACAAUACCAACGAGGCGGGACUCUUCCGUUCGAUGCAGCCGAAUAAAUCAGACGCGUACUGGAACGACUUCAACUCCAGGUACUACACCUGCGGUACGGCCAUCAGGAUCAGCCAGACUGCGGACGAUGGGAUGCUGGCCUGGAGGUGCCGGCAUUUCGGAGACUUUCCCAACCUGGCCAUCUCUGCCAACCCACCCAGCGGAGCCUAUCACGGUGCCGAACUUCCACCUCUUUUCGGCACGCUGCCUUAG